AAAACACAAUAAACUAUCAGCCGAAAGAGCUCAAAGUAUCUCCUGCAGAAAACGUGCCCCGUGAUCGUCAUUAUUAUGCAUCCGUAAUUGAAUAUAUUCACAACUACUUGCUUUUUUUCUGUCCAGUGGUCGGGCCCCUUUAAGUGUCAUAAGAAAGAAUUUUGAGAGGUCAAAGGUCGUCGAUGUUUGCUGAAACCCUAACAACUGGCCCCAAGUUAACUGUGUCACGAGCCAAACAUGUCGGGAACAACGUUCUUUUUUGAUCUUAUAACGUUUAAUGUAUACUUUAUCUGACAAAUAGCAGUGUGUUAAAGAGUAAAAUGUUUCUCUCCGAGAUUUAGUACAAGUAGUAUAAAGUGGGAAUACCCAAAACCUCCCAAUUAAUGGUACAGCACAGGUAUACUUUAGUUACUUUGCCCCACUGGAAAGAAACUGUUGGAUAUAUUUGUAAAAAAAACAAACGUGUUAUUUGUCUCUUUAGUCCAUUCCUCUGGUGGGAUGCACCUGCAGGUUCUUGUUUCUAAAAAUGUGAUUUCUCCAAGCACUUUUAUGUUUAAACUGUGUGGAGGUGCUUCACAUGCACUCAGUCUGCGGUUACAUCCCCCCCCCCCCUCCCCUGGGACCUUGAGAGAAAUAAAGAGAUAACAUCAGUGGAAAACAGGAAUCACAUUGUGAGCACGACUAAAUCCAAUAAGAUGCAGGAACUGUAAAUGCUCCAACAUCCUGCUGGAAUCUGCUCUACUUUGAUGUUUUUGUUUUCAAGGCAUACAAGGAAAUUAUGCAUAUUUUAUAUCACAAUUAUGACAGAAAAAGGCCUUCAAAGAAUGUUUUAAAAAGGUAGUUUGCCAAUUUGAAAUAAGUCCUUAAUGUUUUUCUUUUGCCAAAAGUACAUGUGAAGAUCUAUACCACUGAUGCUACACCUAGCCGCUAGUUAGCUUAGCAUAAGGUCUGGUCAUACGGGGGAACAGCUGGCCUGGCUCUUCGAUCAACCUUCUCAUUGACUCGGCAAGAAAGGAUUAAAGGAAAUCUGUUGAAAAUGUUGAAUUGCUCCUUUAAUCUUAACCACAUUAAGCCCUGACUGUUGCAUCGGGCUGAGAAACGGGGCGAUAUCUUCUCUCAAUAAGUCGUCUGCAGUCCAGCUGGAUUACCCGCACGCAGCACGCCUCGGCAGCGAGACAAACACGCUGACGGAUUAUUUUCCGUUGUCUUGUUGCCGUGGUAACAUGCUGAGUUUCAAUGGAACACGAGCCCUUGCCCAGCAAGUUUAACCUUUUCACUCAAUCACUUCCCACGCCCGCCGCUCCGUUAUCGACUGGUCCGAUCCGCCGCCGCUGCUCCUCCUUCAUCCGCGAUCUGCUGAAAACUCUCCGGAGGCCACGGACGUGAAAUAGAACAUGUGACGGCAGGUUCAUUGGCUCAAGCUGCUGCAGUGGCCGUGCAUCUUCUGCUGGGUUGGAGCGAAGGGAGCGGGCCGCAGUCCAACAACCACUGAAACACAACCCUCGAGAGACGACGGCAAAGAUGACGAACCAGCUUCAGGAGCUCGUAAAGGAGAAGAAGAAUGUGGUGGAGGGUGUGAUGGAGGUGUUUGAGCAAGGGGCCGAAGUGGUGGCCAGCAUCGCCGGCGACCUUUUCCCCAUUUUCGCCAUCGCCGCCCCAAUCGUCAAACUGGCUCUGGACAACGUGGAGAGCAAAGAGGCGGCGUUCAUGAAGGAUCAGUUUCAGAAGGUGCGAGAUCGCCUGGAGGUGAUCUCCGAAGACCUCCAGCGUAUCAACGAGGAGAUUAAGAAGAGCGGGUUGGACGCUGUGUAUUUCCCGGUGGAGGAGAACAUCACCAACCAGUUCAGGAAGUACAUGGACAUCCUCAACGCCAAACCCAAGUUCCGGGAGGUCAAGAAGAAGCUUUUCCUGGAACAUUUCGCCAAGACGGGCGGCGACAAAAACCUCCACACGCUCUACAACUCCGUGACGGGGGACACCUUCAACGGGGAGUCUGUGCUCGAGAUCACGCUGAACUACGAGGAGAAGAGCCGCCGGCCGGUGGAGGACUUCUGCGCCCGGCUGAAGAAGCUGUUCUGCAUCGGGCUCAUCGCUCUCCUGGGCCACGCCGCCCUGAAGGGGUACGACGAGGAGGACGCGCUGCUGGCCGACUGGGCCGAGAGGAUGAAGACGGUCCAGCUCAAAAUGAACGCCGUCAUCGAGGACUGCGUCGUCAGCUUCCCCAAACAGGCGGAGGUCGACUCCCGGCGGCUGGUGAGAGACGAGCCGGGCCUGACCAACCAGCAGCUGGCCGACGCCGUCGUGGCGAAGCUGAAGAAGAAGUACGACUGGGUGGGCUGGUCCGUGCGCGUCUUCAGGUCCCCCUCGGGCCUGUUCGCCAGCAAGAAGGAUUACAGCAACCCCAUGGGGAAGAGCCGCUUCCAGCUCACGUCGUCGUCGGACGAGAGGCUCAACGUCUGCGUGUCCUACAGCGCGUCGCCCGAGCCGGUGGACGCCAGUCACAUCCAGCAGCUGAUCCAGAGCCAGAAGAAGCCGACGGCGGUGGGCGCGGCCGAGUUCCUGUACGAGAAGCUGCCCGGCGGCUGCGUGGUCCACUCGGUCAAAACCAGCAAGGACCUGGCGUGCUCCUGGAGCUUCUCGGACGAGCUCCACUACUGGCAGGAGCACAAGAGCUUCUACGUCUGCGUUCACUCGGACUGAGGUUUGAGACGCUGAGGAAGAGGUCGGUCUUCCUGGGGGUUUUUUUAGGUUUACUUUGCGUUUGCACGAUGAGUACGCGCCUUUAAAUACAACACAACAGUUCGUUGCAUCAUGUCACGUGCAUUUUAUUUCUACGAUGUAAUGUUACACACUGUGUCUUAUUGGGUUCUAUAAUCAGUGCAACAUACCACACCCUUGAUUUAGAGUAGAAUAGAGCAUAUAAAUGAUGGGGGAAGAAACCCUGAGACAUUUUUCCCCUCCUUGUCUCCUUGUCACAAGAGUUGCUUCAAUCGUGUGACGUUAUAAUCUUAAUAAAGUUCACGGCCGCUGAAGAAUUGUUGUUUUUGUUCUACGACUGCUAGUUUCAGCAGGACGUGUUUUUUUUUCCAUUUUUAAUUCCGUGAAGUCCGGCUGUCUUUGGGAGAUAACGUGUGCGCGGUGAUAAGCGGCGACCUUCGCCUCGUUGACACACCGUCAAAAAAAAAAAAGAAAUGUCUCUGGAUAUUUUCCAGAGACAUUUUUCCAUUUGAUUUCACGUCUCGUCAUCUGAGGAGAACGGCAAAGCUCGCUUAGCUGCUUAUCUACACAACACGAGCGGCUCAAGGCUGAAGGAUUCACUUAAUUGAAUUCUGGAAAAGGGUAAAUGACAGGACGGGUUCUGUUCUGGUUCUGUUGAGGUUUUGGUAAAAAAAAGUGUACAACAUUAACACUACUUUGUAAGAAAUAAGUCAAAAACAAAUAUGUAUGUUUACACUGAAAAAAGACACCACUAAGCUGUUAUUGUUUUAGAUCAUUUUAUUUCAUGUAUAUUUUAAACAGCUGUAAUCAGUUCUUUGUAUGUUGUUUUUAUGUAAUCACCUAAAACAUUUGACUAUUUUACUGAAACAUUCCCUUUAUAUACACUGCAGUUAUCAAUACGGAAAUAUUGAUAAGAUGCUAUUUUUGCACUGUUUAUUAAUAUCUAUUUUCAUAUGUUACAUUUGGAUUAUCUCUCUGAUACAAAAUCCAAAACAAUGAACAAAAUAAAUCUUCCCAAUAAACAAGUCAUUGUUUAUUUUUGUGACUGACUCAUAGUUCGUGUGGUUGUUCUGACACACAAACCUUCGACUGUCUGUGGACGGGUGAAAAUAUGAGUCUGAUUUUGUCUUCUUUUUUUGGGGGGGGGAGUUUUGAGGUGUUAAUAAUACCUGCUUAAAAUAAAACCAUUUAUGAAGCUGCCUAGGCAUUGAUGGUUAUAAUAAUAAUAAUGACAGUGCUAAUCAUGAAUCUAUUAUGCAAACAAAUGUGGUGUGUGGCUCUUCUCCGGAUCCCAAUAUUUCAGCUAAUGCAAUACACUAAAAAAAGCUUUUCCUGUAAUACGUUGAUUCUUCAAAGCUAAAUGUACCACCACUAAUCCCAAUCCACUGAGGAGUCAUAAAGCGAACGAUGAAACAGCCCGAAUGCUCCGUGGAGAAAUCGUACAUCUUAAA